GCCACUCUCUCCUUUCUCUGAACUCGUCCACAGCCCACCAUAGAAUUGUUCUUCUCUGAUUCCAUAUCUAUCAUUCUCAGACCGACCUCUCCAUUUUAUCUACACUCAUAUAUACACCUAUAUAUACAUUCACCUUUUCUCUCUCCCUUCCUUCUCUUCAAAGAAACGAAGCUCAGUAACUGUUUCCCGCUUUCUCCAUCCUCUUGGAUUCUUCAGAAUCUCUUCCUUUGCUUUUCUCCACCUUUCUCACCCCUCUUGCCCUUCUGGGUCCUCCAAAUAUUUCACCCUCUUUUUCAGAUCAGUGUUGCUAUAAAGACCUCACCUUUGGCCUUAUUUUCUCUCAAAAACCUCCGAACUUUAUCUGGGUUUUGCUUCAGAAGAACCAAAUCAGAUUUUUUCUCGGAUUCUCUUCGAUUCCCAAAAGUGGGUCUUUUUGGGAUUCUUUGUUUAUGCUCUUGGGUAAAAAAGGAGAUUCUUGAUUCCCAGUAAAAGAUUCUGAGUUCAAUGCCCUUUUAAGCCAUUGCAAGACUCCAAUCUCUGUGUCUCUGCUCUCUUUCUCUAUCUUUUUCUAGUCUGGAAAGAAGCUCUGCUUUGAUAUCUCAGAAAUGAGUGUGUAAGAAAAGCCCUGUUGGAUAUAUUGGGAUUUGUGAGCAUGCAAACUCUGUACCCAGCUUCAUACAUGGCUGAUACUAAUUGGUUUUUGCAAGAGAGCCAGAGCUCGGAUUGGACUAAAGAAGAGAACAAGCUAUUUGAGAGUGCUCUGGCUAUCUAUGAUGAGAAAACGCCGGACCGGUGGGUGAAGAUUGCGAGGAUGAUUCCGGGGAAGACGGUUUUCGAUGUGUUCAAGCAGUACAAGGAGCUGGAAGAUGAUGUUACUAACAUAGAAGCUGGGCUGGUUGAAAUUCCGGGGUACCAGCAGACGUCUGCUUUCACAUUGGAGUUGGUGGAUGACCAGAAUUUCGAUGCUAAUCGAAAGAGGUCUGCAGCAGCUAGAGGUUCUGAUCAGGAGAGGAAGAAGGGGAUUCCUUGGACUGAAGAUGAGCAUCUGCGGUUUCUGAAGGGACUUCUACAAUAUGGGAAAGGGGAUUGGAGAAGUAUCUCCAGGAAUUUUGUUAUGUCUAAAACUCCAACUCAAGUUGCUAGCCAUGCUCAGAAAUACUUUAUGAGGCAACACUCGGGAGGAAAAGAUAAAAGGAGACCUAGCAUCCAUGAUAUAACGACUGUCAACCUCACGAGCACUACCACUACUAGUCCAUCACAAAACAAUAAUAGGUCUCCUUUAGACCAGUCUCCACCACCAGAGCACAACAGCAAAUCCACUGAAUCACCAAGAGUCGUACUUGACUGGAAUAUUAGGCCUAAUGAUGGAGUAGCAGGAGCUAUGAUCUUUGGCGCAACACAUGGCGAUCUUUUUGAGUCAUCGUCUCCAUAUGAUGUUGGAUCCCCAGAGGACCUUAAGUUACAUUGGCAGAACCUAUAUGCCAGUACCACUCAUUAUGCUGCUCAUGCUAGAUCACCGAGUUCGAUGUAUCUAAUGCACCCCUCAAGACAUCAGAUACAUGGAUGAAGCUCAUGGAUUGAAGAUCCAAGUAAAUAAUCUUUUGCUUAAUUUCACUGUUGGCCCUUUAGUCAUGGUAGUGUGUGAUUAGCAUAAUAAGGAUUUGAGUUGUUGCAUAAUGCUUGAGCAUUGCAGAAUGAUAAAAGAAUCCAUUACUUCUCGAAGUGUUUGUCUCAACUGUACAAUUGAAAUGAAUGGUAAAUUUGCACUUCCCUUUAUGGUCUUC